AUGGAUUGUAUAAAGGCGGGCAUUCUAUCUCACAUAUCGCGCAUCUGUCUGAAUGAUGAACCGAUGGCAUCUGACGACCGACCACAUGCAACUCUUGCCUGGGCCUACCCACCUAACAUCUCUUUUUCCCCAAGCGGACCAUCAACUAUGAAAAACAUGCUCAGGUCCAGAAGACCAAGAUCUGCACCUUUCCUCAAUCCAAUGUCUGGCCUCUUAGGAAGAGCCCCGACAGCAAAUUUCCGUGCAACUAUGGUCUCCCUAGUCCCUGCUAUGCCAGCAAUUUUGAAUACAUCCUUAGAAAACCGGAACUCCCCAAUUCGAUAUGUAGAACCGGAAUGCAAGUUGCGUGAUAGUAGGAUUCCCCACAAUGAGAAGUCUCCAAGCUUGACCCCUUUCACACAGGGGCGACUGGUUGAGGAAAGAACCCGAAAGAAAUAA